CCACGCAGCUGUCAUCCCCCUUCCUUCCAGCGCAUAGCACACGCACAGCCGCCCCUUCUCUUUUUCUUCUUCCUUCCCCUCUUCUCUUCUUCCUGGCGUGUAGAGUAGAGUCCAUCAUAUCUCUUCCGAGGUAGAGCGGGGCGGGUUAUGGAAGGACAUCUCUCCAACACUUGGAAACCGAUCGAGAGGAGGAGAGAGCAGGGGCAGUUACCGCGCCGGAUCGGACCGAACCGGCCCGGCCAGAAGGAACACUAACUGCCCACGCCCGGGUAAUAAGGGUCCGAAGAGAGUCCAGGCUGAUAUCUUGUUCCAUCCCGGCAAGACUUGGAGAGUCCCCAAGACCAAAUAGGAAGGAGCGAGUCUUCUCUACACGCGCGCGGCGUCGUGCGGUUGCGUCCUACCUUGCUGCUGCUACAAGACAUGGCGUCGGCGCCGGCUCCGUCGUCGUCUUCCUCCUCGCCCGCCGCCGGCGGGUCGUCGUCGUCGCCGGCCCAGGCGCCGGGGACAGGAGGAGGAGGUGGCGGCGGGGUGCCGUACCACCGGUCGCGGUUCGGCGACACGACGCUGACCAAGGUGUUCGUGGGCGGGCUGGCGUGGGAGACGGCCUCCGCGGGCCUGCACGACCACUUCCGGGACUACGGCGAGAUCCUCGAGGCCGUCGUCAUCACCGAUCGCGACACCGGAAGAUCCAAGGGAUACGGAUUCGUGACGUUCCGGGACCCGGAGUCGGCGCGGCAGGCGGUGCAGGACCCCAACCCGAUGAUCGCCGGCCGCCGCGCCAACUGCAACAUUGCGUCCAUGGGCCCGCCGCGCCCGUCGCCGUCGCCGCAGCGAGGAGGGAGGACCCAGCGUGGGCCCCACUUGCCGGAUCAGCAGCCCCCGGGCCCGCCGGCGUACGUGGGCGGCGGCAGGAUGCAGUCGCAGCACGGCCACCAGCAGAUGCCCACCCAGCCUCAGGCCAUGUUCUACCACCCUUCGCAGUACGGGUAUUGGUACCCACCUGAUUAUCCAUACAACCAGGCCUACUACAAUCCUCAAGUGCAACAGUACUUCUCGCAGUUAUAUGGUCAAACCUCUCCUUCAUCAACACCCUACCCGUACCUAGGGUACAUGCCUAGUGGCCAGAAUCCAAGGGCCAGUGGCUUUUCGCUGAUGCAGCAGGCUGGGCGCCCACCGUUCUUUCAGCAGCCGAUGGCGCAGCAGAGCGAGGGUUCUUUCCAGUCUGCACCUUCGCUCCCUCCUAAUUUCAGACUCCAGCUGCCUGCUCGUGCAAUCUCAAGGCAGUCUGAUGAUGUAUCCGAUUCUCAACCUACACAGACUAUCUCUGCAACCGAGGCUACAAGCGAAGAUAACCAUGAAGUGUCAACGGCUGUUGAAACAUCAAAUUCAGACCAAAACACCUCAAAUUGACCUGCCGAAGUGAAACCUGUGCCAAAGUGAUCUGAUGUCGAUCUGGAGAGGACUGUUGGUGGUCCGUAAAGGAGCACCAAAAUACUCACUUGACUGAAAAAUAGCAUCCAAAUAUUUGUUCUUUCAUUAAUUCUGAUUCUUUUCCAAUUUCUGUAAUGCAUUUAUUUGGUGAAACCAUUGUACGGCGAAACUGAAUUUCACGUCAGGAAAUGGAAUUUACCACAAUAA